AUGUCGAAGCGCCCAAAGCACUCGUCUGGUUCCCAAGACCCCGACGCCGAUGAAGCCAGCACCAAAGCUCUGCAGGAACUCGAGGAGGCAUCGCUAACAGCUCAAGCAGCAGUGGACGCCGACGCCAUAGGGGUGGCCGAACGCCACGUCGAGGCGGUCAAGUUGGAGUUAUCCAGGGCCAAAAGCGCGGAGAGUCUACUUAAUUCGAUAGUGGCGGCUCCUCAUGCCUGGCAACUUGCACUCCAAGCUUCCGAGGUGGUCGAUCAGUUCGAAGACUUCAUCUCGCUACACGCUCUGAACCGGCAAUUGCUCCGCCUGCCAAACGCCAGCUCCAAGUCGUUCACAGCACGGCUCGCGACUGUCGAUCAGUUCCACUCUGGGUCCCGCUCUCAACUCAUUGCCUCUAUCACAGCUGCGGCAGGGUCAUCCGAAGAAGGUCGCAUUGGCUGGCUCCACGCGCGAUGUGUCAGUCUCUUCGAGCUGCUAUUGAUUCUUAUGGCUACUCACACGUUUCGAGACGACUCGUGGCUCGCCAUCUUCGCCACCAGCUCCCCGUCCUUCUUGAAGCGUAAAGGGCUGCGUCUUCUGGCGGAAGCCACGCUGCGAGAUCUGAUCCACUCCAGCUACGGUGUCACGGUUGUCACGGAAAGCCUUCUUCGGCUGCCAGGCCUCGCCACUCUACUCGAGCUCUCUGGGUUGCAAGCUUCCGCCGACACGGUCUGGAUGGACCUGACGCUGUCAGAGGUGAACCCAGCGGCGGCCGACCAGGAUAUGGGCCCCGACCGCAGCUAA